GUUCAAUUAUUCACCAGUUUAAUUGUCUUGGACAAUGACGCCCCAAAUAGAGUGGUAUAAUCUAACAAUGAAUUAUCAGUAUCUCGCAAAAAAUGCACAUUACUAGCAGUAUUGAUUACUGGUAAAUCGAUCAUUACCCUUGUUUUUACAUUGUUUGUUUAAUAAAAAAUUAAAAAAAUGUUUUUUAUAAUUCGGUCUGGUAUAGACAUCAUUCACUACUUUCAUGCCCGAAUUAAGCUACAGUUCACGUGAAGUCGGGAUACACUGAAUGAAAGUCUAUUAUUUCAAGCAUAGAACUUUGUCCUAGUAGAUUGUUGCCAGAAGUGAUGAAUUGCAGAAAAUUGGGGUUGCGAAGUUCGACCUGUCAAAUAAGGGCAACAAAAACCGUUUUUCUCCUCAUCCAUAUUCCCAAUAGUUUUACGCAUGCCAAGCGGUUACUGGGCCCAUAACCUAAAGUGUUUUGGGACAAAAUUCGAUCAUGGCCGAUGAUUACCUACCUAAAUAAAUAAUGAAAUACGAGGACAAAAAGAAAAACCAAAAUGUCUUUUUGUAAUAGAAAAACAAAACUAUACUUAUAUAAAGCUACUACAAAAGCAUGGACGUUGUCAUGGGGGGCAAUCAGGGACGCAGGUUUGCACUCAACAAUAUCACAUUUCAAAAGCUUACAAAAUUGAGGUGCAACUAAGUUUAAUAAUCUAAUGUAAAAUGGAUGUGUGCUAGUUUCUUACAUUGAUAUUUCUUGAGCAAUAAAGAGCAGAUACAGCUACAACGCAAUGGUUUCUGUAUACUUUCUCCUGGUCAAGCGUCAUUGCUUCUACUUACUUUAGCAAGGAGAAGUAAAUUCAUAAAUUUCACGCAUUGUGAAAGUUGAUAAAUUAAAGGAUUUUUAAAUAUAAGAAGCCACAAUUAGCUUUCUGUCCGCUGAUCCCAACGAAUUUUGGGUGGUCUCUAUACUUAUUUGCCAAAUGCCAAAAUUUUACAUCUGCCGAAAUUGAUGAAUCAAGUCUUUUGUGUACAAAAUGACCACAAUUUUUAUAUUCAACGGAUUGGGUUAGAAAACGCUCAAUUUUUGGAAAGCUAAUAAUUUUGUAUUUAAAGAUUAAACCUUCCCCCGCCAUUAGGACCAGAGUUGCUUCCUGGACUAUUUGUGUCUCUCUCAAAUUUUGUACAAGUUUUCAAAGCCUACUUUGUCAGGAGUUGAAAUAGGAUCUUGGUCUUAUAUAAUGUCAAAACGUUUUAACUAUUUUUAAGUGUAAACUGAAGCAAACCAAUAUGGAUGAAAACGAAAGGUUAUUAAAAACGGCGAUUAAUUUGCACUAUCAUGAUCGUCCCAAUAUUUUACUUACGGCUUCCCAAAUUAUUCAGGAGUAUUGUAAUGGCGAACAAACGUGUGAUAAGUAUUGCGAGGUGCUCCAAAAGCUGCGCGAUCUAAUGUCCGAUCUACCAGAAACAAUUUUGCUGUAUUUUCUGACGACCAUACCUGAUUCAGAUUUGAUUGACGAUGCUAGUCCUCCGCCACUAAUCGGUCUUAUGAAACAAAUCAGACUGCGCCUUAUAGAAAGUAUCAAAUCUGUAUUAAGCGAAUAUAUAACUAACGCAAUCUCCCCUUUAAAUCCUAUUAAACAAACUGAAUCAAGUUUGGAACAAGGAAACGAAUUGGAAGGCGAAAUUCUAAAGAGCGAUGAUGGACAGUUUGGUAAUGUAGAAAAUCGAGCUGUUGAUGAUAAUGGAGUUGUUGAAAUCAUGGAUUCUGAAUCAUGUGUUGCAGGUAACCCACCUGAAAAAUCUUUUGAGAGAUUGGUAGACAUUUGUGCCGAGUACGUGAUAGCCAACUUGGACAACUUGAAUCAGCUAUACGAGAGAAAAAGGGAUUUAGCGUGGACCAAAAUCAACGCAAACUCUUAUACUGUACAAGAUCAACAGAUGUGCUACAGCACUUUGCAGGAUAUAAACAAGAAACGAAACUGGUUACGUUUGAUCGAAUCUGGGUACGUAUCUGGCGAAGAACUUCUGAGUUACUAUGGAGAAAGUGAAAUUUUAUUACGAGGACAUUUAUUUGGGAAAAUGUCGUACUGUAAUAGCACACAAGAUGAGGAAUUAUUAAUGGACGCGAUUCGUGAAUAUGUAUCAAAUCCGUUGUAGGGCAAAUGUUAAUAAACGCAUUUAAAAAAAU